AUGGUCCUCCGCCACAACGCGAAAUACUUCCUCCAUUUUAUCGAGUUCGUGGUCGAUGAGGAGCUCUUCAGGAUUCCCAGCGUGGACUCGUUCACACGUCAUUCGCUCGUCCUCCGGCCACGCAUACGUGCCGGAGAGAAACAGAUAGACCUGACCGGAUCAGUUUCUGCCCGCGAAUUCGAGCAGUUCCUAGAGAUCAUAUUACCCUUGCAAGUCACUUCCUGGGCCAAACACUCGAUCACGCAAUGGUGCCUGGUACUGAAGCUCGCUAACACCUGGCAGAUCGAGCCCCUCCGCAAGGUGGCUAUCCAGAAGAUAGGAUGGGACGACUCUAUCGCGCGCAUCGAGCAGGGCCAUGAAUACCACGUCGCGCAAUGGGUCGAGCUGGGGUACACUUCGUUCCUGCAGCGCGCCGCACCGCUGACCAUAGCGGAAGCGGAGCGCCUCGGCUGGCCUGUUGCGCUGAGGAUCUGCCACCUGCGCGAGGAGCAGGCGGGGGCCAAAGCGGCGGGGACGCAUCGGCACGGUGAUUUCGCGGCACGGAUUGGCGAUGUGUUCGCGGAUGAGCUCAAGAGGAUUCGGGAUGUGUGCACUUGGCUUUCGAGUGAGCCCGAGGGAAUUAUCGCCGGGCCAGCAACGAUGGUAAUCGCACGCGCUCUGCGGCCCAUGCCCAUCCGUACGAUGAAACAAAGUGUUCCUAAAGCACCAAAGGUACCAGCGGUUUCGCCAGACUCCACGGCUCCGCCCGUAAGAUGUGCAUCAUCAACACCCCAACCGUUCACAUUCAACUACAAGUCACCAGCUCCACUCGUCCAAUCUGAUACACCAUCUAGCUUCGGGGGUCCUCCUGCAGCACCAGUUUCUGCGCUCAGGCGUCGGGAUGGAGAGGCGGCUCAACGCGCUGGAUCACUCGUGGACCCUGUGCCCUGCGCAUCCCAGGCAUCCUUGCCAUUUUCACUCGUGAACUCGCCAACAAAUGCACCGGCAGGGCCCAACCCUGCCCCCUCACAGGCUUCUCCAAUCGCUUCCGCAGCCGUCGAGUCCAAGUGCCCCGAUGCACACGCGAGCCCCGACCCACUGCUCAAAGGUGCGAAACCUAGCAGCGAUUCGAACGAUACCGUACAGGCCAAUACUCCACCCGUCGCUGCAUCCCCGCUGUCUGCCAAGAUGAUUGCAGAAGCCGCGGAUAUACGGAAGGUGCUGGCCUGGUAUAACGGCGACCUGGAUACCCAGUGGUGA